AUGGCCAAGACUGCUCCCACAACUGCUCCGGCCAAGGUCGUUAAGACCAAGGCUGUAACCAGCGGGGUGACUAAGGUCACCAAGGCCACGAAGGCGAAGGCGGCGAAGACGACGACGACGAAGACGAAGACGAAGACUACAGAAACGACGACGACGACGACGACGACAGCAACGACGAAGACGACGAAGGCGGCCAGGGCUGCCCCUCGAAGGGGAGCCCCAACCGCCACGGUGGAAAGGUUGUCGGGGAUGGAGAAAAGGAGGCGGGAGGAGAUGGUGAAGAGGUUUGGUGAGGAGUACACCAGCCUCGUGGAGGCGGCUAACGCGAGGAAUGGGAGGGCCGCAGAGGGGCACCGGGCCGAGGCCGAGAAAGGGAAGAGGGAAAAGAGGAAGGCUUCCGAUAUGGAAGCACCGUCGGCGGCGGCCUCCGGGCCAAAGCCAAAGCGUGUCCGUACGGGACGCGCUAAUUCGGGGAGGUCGCUCGAGCCAAAACCCAUAGAGGUUUUGCUCCAGCGGGCCUCCCCGAACCUUCCAGCGCAGAUGCGCCCCCGGCCGUGGUACACUGGCACUUAUGUCAUGUGGACCCCGGGUACGGAGGACUUCUACUGGAGGGGAUGGUGGUAUCCGGACGGAGUUGACGGCUUCGUUCGGUACCAACCACGGUGA